AUGGGUGGCGCCUUCCGGGCGCCUGUAGGCGCCUGGCGGGCGCAGCAGCAGCAGCAGCAGCAGAAUUGGGAUGAUGAGACCGCCAUAGGUGUAUACCCAGAAUAUGAGAGUGAGAGGAGUUCAAAUGGGUUGAACUUUGCCUCUGCCCUGCAGACCUCGUCCGCUACUGAGAAGUACGCAGAAGACGGGCCUUCAGAAGGUUCUGCAACAGAAACUGCUGCCUCACAGGGGGAAAAGGGGAAGAGCACAGAGACUGAGAGCAGCAGCACCGAGGCAGAAAACACUGAAGAAGAAAAACCCGAAGAAUCUGCUCAUCAAGGAGAGGGCAGCAGCAAGACAGAGGAAGCAUCUGCCAAGGAGUCUCGCGCUUCUGCUACAGCGCCGUCCCAUGCAGCGGGAGAAACAGAGACAGCGAAAGGAACCACUUCAGAAGAAGAGAAGGAAGAAGGCCAUCAUCCCGGUGCUGCUGUGUCGGGGAAGGAGUCAGCAGCAGAGUCUGCUGCUGCACCCGGAGCAACCACUGCAGCAGAGAGUGCAAAAGCAGCGGAAACCGCAGCGCAACCUGUUCACGAACACAAGGCAGCAGCUGCACCAGUAGAAGAGACUGCUGCAGAAGCUGCCCCUGCAGGCAGGGCUCCUGAAGCCGCUACACCUAAGCCAGAGUAUAAGGAAGAAGCUACGGCUGCAGCAGGGGGGGCCCCCGCUGCUGCUCCUGCUGCUGCUGCUGCUGCGCCACCGGCAGACAAGCUUGUGAUACAAAUGAACUUCAGGCCUUCUUUGGUGAUAGGCCGGGCAGAAGCAGACAGGACAGAGCGGCACGUCGUAAAAGACAAUGCGGGGACAUCUUGGUUUGAAGUUAUUGGCCCCAAAACCCUCACUGUACUUAACCUGAAACCCGUGCAGGGAGAAGAACUCCUUCAUUCAGUAGUGGCUACCACAUCGCACGCUUGA